CCAAAGGCGACAGGGUAUGUAGGAGAAAGAGCAGAGGCGUGUACAGCAGAAAUAAUAUACAGGCAAAGUGCAGAGUAGGAAAUGGUAAAUUCUUGAUCCGUGACGAUGAUUGGCGCGGCACUCAGCGGCGGCAGAGCUACUGGCGUUUCGUGACGAAAAACUAGGUAGGGGUAAGUGUUGCAGGGCGCGAGGCGCAAGAAGAGUAAGUGGUGAGCGGCGACUAGUGCUUGCUCAUAAGUGGAUGGGCACGGUGAGAUUGGGGAAGGUGGACCCCAGAGGACAGAAAUCUGGAAUUAUGCUGUGAUGAUUCCGAGCGGCGCUGGUAGGUAUCACGGCAGCCGUCAUGGGAUAAUAAGGCAAUGCGGGCGUCCAGGGCUGAUGCGGCCAGAGCAGUAGCGGCCGAGCAGAGUCAGGAAACGGCCGGCGAGCAUCUGGCGCGGGUCGGGAGAAGAGUGCGAGGAUCUCUAUGGAGGAAGCGUCCACACGACCACAGCAUGAACAGGCCGGCGCGAAGUCCAAAAGACCAAGGCGGGCACGGAUGGAUCCAGGAGGGCGGGCAACGGCUAGGACGCAGGGCUAGGCACGCGCAUGGCGGAGCUGCAGCGGCAAGAUCGGGCGGAUGGGGUGGUGCGUCAAUGUUACGCGUUGGUGAGGGCAGUGCGAGCGGUCAUGGUGAGGACAGGAGAGCGAAUAUUUGGGCAAUAAUGGCCGUGAGGUCAGAGGUGCGCGCUGGGAUGAAUCGGCGCGCCGGGGCCUUUCACGGCCCUCAGCAGCCAAGGCAGGAGCACGAACCGCGAGCGUGCAGGGAGCGGGAAUGCCGCGUGAGGUAUCGCUAUUAGUGGCCCAGCGACCGCGAGCAGGGACGCUGGGAGUGGCAGGCAGCAUCGUGAAUGUCUACCAGAUCGGCCCUUGACCACAUGCAGGGCCAUGC